AUGAAGCAACACCUUACUGUUGUGAGUGGUCAAGUAGCUUCUUGUAAAAAAGUUCUUAAUGAUGUACGUCACAGGAUGGUAGAGUCUUUGAAAGGUGGGAUAAAAAGGAAGGUUGAUGAUAGAAAAGAACAAGAACAAGUAGACAUUAGGGACCUUGAAACUAAUGAUCCAAUUGCUCCUACUCUAAUUAAGAUGGUCCCUGAGAGUGGUGCCAAUAAGAGGCAAGCUUCUAGUGUUUCAGUUGAGAAUUAUUUUACCCCCAGGACAACUCCUGAUUGCCUUUCAUUUCAAAAAGCCAUAGAUGCUAUUGCUUUAAUUGGGCCAAGGUUCAAAGCCCCUAAUGCUUAUGAAUUUAGAGUCAAUUUAUUGACAGAUUGGAAAAAAGAAUAUCAAUUACUUAUUGAGAGUCAUCGAGCUAAAUGGAAAAACACUGGAUGUACACUCAUGGCUGAUGGUCGAAUAGAUGUGAGGCAGCAAACUUUGAUUAAUUUCUUAGUUUAUUCUACACAUGGAAUGGUUUUUGUGAAAUCUGUUAAUGCUUCAGAUUUGGUUGGUCCUAAGAACAUUGUUCAUGUGGUGAUUGAUAAUGUUGCAAAUUAUGUAGCAUGUGGCAAGUUGAUUAAGAAAAAAUAUCAAAAUAUUUAUUGGUCACCUUGUACUGCUCAUCGUUUGAACCUUACUUUAAAAGAUAUAGCAAGCUUAGACAAUGUGUCAGCACUUGCAACUAAGGCAUUAAAGAUAACUGUUUUUGUUUAUAAUCAUAUGAUCUUCUUGUCAUGGCUUAGGAAAAGACCGAGUUGGAAAGAAAUUGUACAUCCUGGUGCAAUAAGAUUUGCUACUACAUUUAUCACAUUGUAUAGCAUAUAUAUGCAUAAGCAUGACUUGCAAGCUUUGGUGAUUGAUAAGCACUUUGUGGAUCACAAAUUGUCAAAGACUCAAGUUGGAAUAAUUGUUACUGCCAUCAUAUUAGAUAAUGGCUUUUGGGAUGAUUGCUUAGAAAUUGUGAAGGUUGUGUCUCCUCUUAUAAAAUUGUUGAGAAUUGUGGAUUCAAAUGAGAAGCCUUCUUUGCCUUAUGUUUAUGAAGCGGCAUAUUUGUUGAAUCCUGCAUUCUUGUAUGAUGAGAAUUUUGUUCACAAGAGAAGGUUAAUGGAUGCAAUGCUUGAUGUGAUUGAGUCAAAUGAAAGUGAAGAAAUUGAUUAUAUUGUGAUGAUGAAGCAGUUGAAUGAAUGGUGGUCAUUCUAUGGAGGUUCUGUUCCAGAAUUGCAAACUCUUGCAAUGCAUAUUCUUAGCCAAACUUCUUCUUCUUCUGGCUGUGAAAGAAAUUGGAAAGAGGAAGAGCUAGCUCUUGAGUUUAAUUCUCAAGAAGUUGCAAAUCUUGAAAUUGCCAUUCACAAUGAAACCAUAGCUGCUCUAUUAACCCUUGAGAGUGAUUAUGAAGAUGAUGAAUAUAUGAAUGUUCUAGAGUCCCUAUCUUUGCCUGAUGUUACUAGUGGUUUUAGUUUUUCUCAUUCUACUCCUAAUGUCUCAAUGCUCGGAGAUUUGAAUGAAGUUAAUGAUGACUUUGGUUUUCUGGGCUGUAACGCCUUCAGUUUUGAGCUCAACCUUAUGUCCAUCACAUUAUGGGAUGUCUUUAUGUACUUAGGGCUGCCCAUCACUAGGGAAGAGAACUUCUACAUAAUCUUUGAGAAGUAUGGCUCCUACACCACUCUCUCAGUUGAACUAGAAAGAAAGAUUAGGAGCGUGAGCUCCUAUAUGAAGAAAAUGGAGCUAUUCUUUGAGAAGCUAGUCGACGAGCCCAUCACCCUCACAGAGCACCUGGUCUCCAUCUGGAUCCUAUUGAGCCAAUAG